UCUAUAGUUUGCACAGUAUAGUAUGCACAUUCUCAAACAUUUAUUUCGGUUCUAAAUUAUAGUGACCAAAAAUAGUGAUCCAUCCACAAAUUGUCAGAAUAAGCAAAUCAAAUUUAUUAAGAUAAAAUAAUACAAAUAUUUUCAAACAAAAAAACCUCCCGAAAUGAACCAACCACAUAAUUAUAGGAAAGAUUUCGAAGUGCGUUGGUUUUCAGAGCACUCAGAUGAUGAGUGCUUACCAGCUUACCAUGGAGGUCCAAACGAUUUGAAAGAUUAUCCCUGCACCUCGAAAAUAUUUAAGGACAAAGGUGCAGCAACUCAAGAGCAAACGGAAAAUAAGAACAGCGAAGAGCCCAGGAACCCGUUUUGGAUAUCGGUGAGCGACUAUGAGUUGGACAGGGCUUAUAUAGUUUAUCGUUUUUUCCACGAUAUCGGUAAUAUUGUGGCCAAAAACUUCACCAAAACGAACCGCAUGUACUUGAAGUACUUCAGCCUGGUGGAUUCUCAAAUUGCACUGAGUUAUAAUGGCCAAAAGAUUGGAUAUGGCGGUGACAUUCGCGUGAAAGUCAAGGUGGAAAAUCCCGUGACUGAAAAUGCCCUUAUUGAAGCCCUGGAAAAUUCUUCGGCGGAUAAUGAUAGACCCACUGGAAGUCAGAAAACAAGUACAAUGACGAUAACCAUCAAUGUGGAGGAUGCUAGGGCCACGAAUGAGGUGAUUUACCAUCAACUGGAUAUGGAAACAUCUAAGAAAGAAGGGGAGGAACCCGGAGUUACUCACAAGAAAGUUCGUUUGGUGCAAUGGUUUAGAGAAAAGCUAUCCUAUGUGUUCUAUUUUUAUUAAAUUUUUGGUUUCUUGAAA